AUGCUGCAGUGUAUCAAGAUAUUAGUGAAUGUUUUCCUUUUAAUCCCAGUGAUUAACACGAACCUCGUCGAAGUGCAUCAGGGAAAAAUCCUCGGCCAUAAACUGACAACAUGGCAAGGAAAACCCUUCUACGCUUACCAGGAAAUCCCAUACGCGGCUCCACCGAUCGGAAACAGAAGAUUCAAGGACCCCGCGGAGCCCCAAAAAUGGACUGGAAUUUUAAACGCGACCAGAAAUACCAAGAUGUGCAUACAACCCAUCCCCCAGCAGGAUUUGCAGGAUUUGCAGUUAACCGAGGAUUGUUUAUACAUAAACGUUUACACCCCAGUGAGUGAAAUUAACCCUAUUAAUUCAUUACCGGUGCUAGUUUGGAUCCACGGAGGAGCCUUCACUUUUGAAUCGGGAACUCUACAGUAUUAUGACCCCAAAUAUCUAAUGGAUUACGAUAUAAUUGUAGUCACAUUUAACUAUCGGUUAGGAGUAUUCGGCUUUUUGGCUACAUCAGACGGAACUAUUCCGGGAAAUUUCGGUCUAAAAGACCAACUGAUGGCCAUUCGCUGGGUGAAUAAAAACAUCCAUUUAUUCGGAGGCGAUAAAAACCGAGUGACAGUAAUGGGCGACAGCGCAGGCGCCAUGAGCGCCUCCUACAUGCAACACAAUCCACUAACGAAAGGUCUGGUGAAGGGCUACAUACUGGGAUGCGGCACUUCCUUAUCUCCGGCGUCUUAUCAGCGCGAUCCGGACCAUUUCGCUUUCAAAUUGGCGCGACUUGUCGAUCGGAAUUUCAACUCCACCAAAUCCAGCGAUCUGCUGAAGCUUCUACGUCGAGUUUCCGCGCGAGAAAUCGCGCGAGCUCCGGUGGACAACGAUAGGUACUUUUCGACGCUCUCUAAGGUCGUUCUCUGGGCUCCGGUGUUGGAAAGAAAACAUACGGUAGAGAGUCUCAGGCGAGGAGAGUUCGAUAGAGUACCGAUACUGAUGGGAACUGUGGGAGAAGAAGCGUUCAAUUUACUACCAGAUAGGGAAGCUUUGCUGCAGGAAGCUCGAAAGUUCGACAGGAGCAAAGGAAUAAUCAAUCCCAAACUCGACAUUCCUGCGAGAUAUUACAGAGAAUUGAGCCGCUUGUAUAAAUCCAUAUACACGAACGGGACGUUCGAGGAAAAUAUCCGAGCUUUGAUAACGUUUAUUGGUGAAGACGAGAUAUCCACUCCUGCUAUCCACUACGCGGCUCUCGCAUCGAAAUUUACACCGGUGUACUUUUGGGUGUUUUCGUACAAAGGACUAAUGGGAAGAACUCCUGCUAACUUUAACGCUCCGGGUCAUACAGACGAGUUGCAGUACAUUUUCGGGGGAAAAAGCGGCUUGAGAGGAACUCCUGCUGACUACCCGAAAGCCGAUCGACUCGUCAUGGCUCGCCUGUUGAAAUUGUGGACGAAUUUCGUUAAAUAUCAGAAUCCCACACCAGUAAACGAUGAAUUACUAGAAGGAAUUCAAUGGCCUAAAGUUAACAGCCGCACGAUGCAAUAUUUAGAUAUAAACAACACUCUCAGCAUCAAGAGAUAUCCUAAACAUUAUAAAGAAGUCAAAGAAAUUUUCUGUAAGUAUUCCUUACCAUUGCAAUAUAAUGUUUGA